AUGGCUGCCACCAAGCCUAGCUCUACCACCCCAUCGUCGUUGAACUUCCUCAAGGAAGGCCUCCUCCUCCCUGGCAGGAACCGGAUACUCUUCGCGGCGAUCUUCACGAUCCUCGUCGCAUGGAUCUCUAUCCUUCUCGUCGCCAACGAGCUUGGCGUCGAGCCUCUCAAGCUUGAGGUCGGCCGCGACAUGGACACGCUCAUGAGCACCGACCCCGGAGGCCCGGACUACGCUCACCUGGUUCGAGAUACGCUGGAUGACUACCGGGUCCUCUUCCUCGCAGGCGCGGCCUAUCUCGUGUCAGUAGACAUCACCGGCUCCGUCAUCCAGCUCGUCUCCCUCUUCGCCGCCGUCACGACAUACUCCGGUGACGGUGAGGUGCACACCUUUGGCGCGCUCCUCGUCGCGCUGCUGUUGGCCUCGUCCGCCCUCGUGGCCUUCCUCACGUUCAGGCGGUACCACUAUGGGCUGUUUCUCGCCGGGUGCCUGGUCCUCCUCGUCGCCUUCGUCUUCUACGUCUUUCUGUCCUUCCUCUGCUCGCUCGCCGUCGUCGUGGCCAUGGAUGAAUCCACAGCUAGGCGCCGCCAUGGUGCCGGCGCGAUCGGGUGGGCGUGGCAGCUGGUGAAGGGAAGGCAGAGACGUGCCAUGCUCUUUGUUUCCAUGAUGAGCGUGCUCGCCGCUGUGUUCAGGCCGGUGUGA